AGAAGCACAAACAUAUUCAGAUGAGAAGAAGGACGUCUGAGUCGAACACAAUCAUAUUUCUGUGGUUUGAAGGCAGUUUUAAACUGUUUCCAGGCAUUUCUCUGUCUACAAGAUGGGAUUAACCUCAAAUGAAGACUCUUGCUCUCCAGUUGUAAAGGACUUAAGGAUUGUUCUGCUGGGGAAGACUGGCUCAGGAAAGAGUGCAACAGGGAAUACCAUCCUGGGAAGUGAAGCUUUUGCUGCAGAAAUGUCUCCAACAUCUGUGACACAAACAUGCAUAAAAGAAACUGUCGCAUUUGAUGACAGGACUGUCAGUGUAAUCGACACCCCUGGGAUUUUUGAUACGUUUGGUAACGAGAAGGAGCUGAAAAGUGAAAUAGACAACUGCAUCAUGCUGUCUCUCCCAGGACCACACAUAUUCCUGCUGGUGAUCAGACUCGGUGUACGUUUCACAGAGGAGGAGAAGAAUGCUGUUAAGUGGAUCACAAAAAAUUUUGGCGAGGAAUCGUCAAAGUACAUCUUAGUGGUUUUCACCAGAGGUGAUGAGCUCAAAGGAACUACCAUUGAAUGCUAUCUGAACAGAAAUGAAGAGCUGAGGAAGCUCACUGAUGAAUGUAAAGCUGGCUAUGUUGUGUUUGACAAUACAUGCAUGAAAAACCACACUCAGGUAGCCAAUCUCCUUGAAAAAAUAGACAUGGCAGUGCAGUUAAAUGGGGGCCAUUAUACCAGCAGCAUAUACAAUGAAGUCCAGAGGAAACUGUGGUGGCGUAAUAUAAAAGAAAGGGCAGGUCCUUUGGUCACUAAUGUAGUAGCAACAGUAGCUGUUUCUACAUUGGCUAAGGAUUUAGUGGUCAGACGUCCAUUGUUGAUGCUGGGAAGUGCGUUAGUUGGUACAGCUAUUGGAUGGUGGAGCAGACCUAAAGAAGAAGACAGACCUAAAAAAAAAGACAACUAAGUGAUGUCAAGCAGUGGCCCCUGCAAACUCAUGCUCAGCUUUCCAUACAUCAUGUGCAAUUUAUUCAUCACAACUUGCCUGCUUUUAUUGAUAAUCUGCUAACAUGAUGUUAACUCUGUUCAGUAUUGGUGGUGCAUAUUCCAGUUGUGAAGAUGAAUAAUUGUGUGAAUACACUAAGGAAAUUUUAGUUUUAUUACAAAAUGACAAAAAUGUAUUUCUGUAAAAGUUAUAGCUAUUGUUGGCUGCAGCUUUAGCAUGUUUUAAUCACAAAAAACAUCUAAUUCAUUGGUCUGAUUAUUGAAAUGAGUAAAUAUGAUGAAAUAUCACAUUUAGUAAAAGUGUUAACUUUAAUUAAAACAACAUUUGCACAUCUACAGGGAAAUGUCACCAAACCCAGCCAGGAUUCCUAAGACACACAUGAAAAUUGCACCAACACUGUAGCCGAUCCUCCACAGCUGUGUAAGAUAAUCACAGCUGGUUAUCUUUUCUUUGUCAUUUUGUCCUGGGUUGUAGGUGCUGACGGCAUCCUUGUGCUGCCGCUGCUUCCAUGGAGUGUAAUCAGUCAGUGGAUGUGCGCCAUUGUUUCACAUUUCCUUUGAGCUUGUAAUGUUACUAAUAAUAUAGCAAAGCGAAAUGCAUGUCAUAUUUUAAAUAAAGAACGACAAUUUAUUAGCACAGAAGUUUUAUUUUGAGCAUUUGUCACAUAAGUUAUGUAAAUAUAAACUAUGGAAAAAAAUCCAACUUUUGAAAAUAAAAAAAAAAACAUGUUUAAAUAUAAUUAUAU